AUGAGUCGUCGGUUAUUCACACGGAUUGCUGAUGAUUUGGUGGGGCUAGACCCGUUUUUCACGCAACGACCCGAUGCUCGAAAUUAUGAAGGGUUCACCACGUUACAAAAGUGUAUUGCGGCCAUUCGCCAACUGGCGUACGGGACAGUGGCCGACGCUUUGGACGAGUACUUACAAAUGUCGGCAAGAACUACGCGGGAAUGUUUGUAUGGGUUUUGCCGUAAUGUGGUGAAACUCUAUAGCAAAAAAUAUUUGCGUAAACCAAACGUGUAUGAUGUUCAGCAGUUGUACGAAGCUCAUGAAGCACGGCACGGGUUUCUGGGAAUGCUCGGUAGUAUUGAUUGUAUGCAUUGGGCGUGGCAUAGAUGUCCGACUGCGUGGCGCGGCCAAUAUACUCGCGGUGAUCACGGCUAUCCAACCGUGAUACUUGAAGCCGUGGCAUCACAAGAUUUGUGGAUCUGGCAUUCUUUCUUUGGUCUCCCUGGUUCACCCAACGACCUCAAUGUGUUAUACCAAUCGGCGAUCUUUACCGAUGUCGUUAAUGGAACAGGUCCGGACACCCGUUUUACAGUUUCUGGGGUUGAGUAUAGACGUGGGUAUUAUCUUGCUGACGGGAUAUAUCCGUCUUGGUCUACAAUUGUGAAGACUAUUCCACAUCCCGAUGACGAAAAAAGGAAAAAAUUUGCCAAGCGUCAAGAAGCUGCAAGAAAAGACAUCGAACGUGCUUUUGGUGUCUUAUGA